UUAUCCAACCCGUUUCCAUAGCAUUAUAAUCCUUUCCUUUUAACACUUCUCCCAAGUUUUCAGUCUUUCAUUCGCUCUCUUGCAUUUGAGGUAUAUCUUUCUCAUUGAGAGAGCUUGAUCUCAUGGACGGCGAAAGGUUUUUGCAGCCCCCGACUUACGGCGACCUAAUCACUGUUCUUAGCAUCGACGGCGGCGGCAUAAGGGGGAUUAUCCCCGGAAUAAUCCUUGAUUUUCUCGAGUCCGAGUUACAGAAGCUAGAUGGCGAGGAAGCGAGAAUUGCGGAUUACUUUGAUGUUAUUGCAGGGACGAGUACUGGCGGGAUUGUGACCGCCAUGCUAACCGCCCCGAAUAAGGAGAACCGGCCAUUGUUUGCUGCCAAAGAUAUCAAAGCUUUCUAUCUCGAUCAUUGUCCUAAGAUCUUCCCUCAAGAGAGCAACCCAUUUGCCCAUGCUACAAAAAUAAUGAAAACAAUAACAGGGCCCAAGUACGACGGCAAGUAUCUCCAUAGCAUAAUUCGGGAGAAGCUCGGAGACACGCUGUUGCAUCAAACAUUGACAAACGUUGUUAUACCCACUUUCGACAUCAAGCGACUCCAGCCCACAGUCUUCUCUAGCUACGAGGUGAAGAAAAACGAAUGUCUAGACGCCAUGCUCUCGGAUAUUUGUAUUUCCACUUCGGCUGCUCCCACUUAUCUUCCUGCCCAUUCCUUUCAAACCAAAGAUUCGUCCGGGAAAGUGAGAGACUUCCAGCUCAUCGACGGUGGAGUGGCGGCUAACAAUCCGACUUUAGUGGCGAUGGGAGAAGUGACAAAGGAGAUUACCAAGGGGAACAGUGACUUCUACCCCAUCAAGCCGACGGAUUAUGCCCGCUUUCUUGUCGUGUCCCUGGGAACAGGCUCAGCCAAAGCCGAGGAGAAAUACAGCGCAGAAGAUGCUGCUAAAUGGGGCCUUUUAGGCUGGCUAACCAAUGGAGGAUCCACCCCUCUAGUCGACAUUUUCACUCAGGCCAGCAGCGACGUGGUUGAUUUUCACAUCGCCACGAUUUUCAGGUCACUUCAAUCCGAACACAACUACCUUCGGAUUCAGGAUGACACAUUGGGUGGGAUAGUGUCUUCUGUAGAUAUUGCAACUGAGGAAAACUUGAAGGAUCUAGUGGAAGUUGGUGAGAAGUUGCUGAAGAAACCAGUUUCAAGGGUGAAUUUGGAGGAUGGCGUCUUUGAGCCUUGCCUGGAAAUUACCAAUGAGGAGGCCCUUGUGAGGUUGGCACGAACACUGUCCAAAGAGAAGCGGCUUCGCGAUAUAAGAUCGCCACAUACUCCUUCAAAGGCGAAGGAAAAGGCAAAGGCAAAGGAAAAGGCAAAUGCAAAAUAGAAAUAUCUUCUGUGUUUAACUUUAAUAAACUAAAACUGGUGUUAAAGUUAGUUUGUAUUUUUCUUUUUCUCAUUUACAUUAUAAUAAUAGGUUUUAUAUGGCAAUAUAAUGACCAGUUGUAUAAGAAACUACGUACUAAUAUGUUGAUCUUGAAUUGUAUGAGAGAAGAUGUACGUCCUUCCACUUCCA